AUGGCUAUGGGUAAAGUAGUAGAGAUGCCUUGUCUCGACCAUAAUCUAUCUAGAGUGACAUUUGGGGUUGAAGAUAAACCAUCUUGUGAUGGUUGCGGUGGAACAGAAGGAGUCGGUCUAGCCUGCAAGCGAUGCAACUUACAGGCGCACGAGGAAUGCAUCGAGUGGUCACUCAAAUUUGCCGGUCACUCUAACCACCACCUCAGGAAGGUAUCUCCUGAAACACUCGACUAUACUAAUGGAAAAUGUCAUUUGUGUGGAGAAAUCCCCUCGAAAGCGUUCUAUCAUUGUUCCAUUUGCGACUUCAGCAUCGACGAAUAUUGCAAGAUCAACGGUAGAUGUUCUGUUUUUGAUGGGAGGAGCCACAAGCAUCCAUUCAUCCUAUUGCCAAGACAGAUCUCAUUCAUUUGUAAUGCAUGUGGUUUGGUUGGAGAGUGUAAUCCCUAUGUUUGCAUUGAAUGCAAUUUAAUGAUCCACAGAGAUUGCAUUGAUCUACCGCGAAUCAUAAACAUCAACAGGCAUGACCAUCGCAUUUCUCUCACCUAUCAUCUCGGUCGGGGAAAUUGGGAACCAUGCGGAGUUUGUCGCAAAAAGAUAGAUUGGAGUAUUGGAGCCUUUUAUUGCAAGCGUUGUCCAAACUAUGCUGUUCAUUCAAAAUGUGCAACGAAAUUUAAAGUAUGGGAUAUGAAAGAACUCGAAGAUGUGCCUGAAAAAGAGGAAAAAAUCAAAGAUCCAUACGAGGAAAUAAACGGUGAAAAGGAAAUCAUUCAUUUUAGUCAUGAACAACACAAUCUUAUACUCUGUGAAGAUAGAGUUGUUGAUUCCAAGAUGAUUCACUGUUUUGCGUGCUUCCUUCCCAUCUACGAUGAUAUGUACUACAAAUGCGUGCAAUGCGAUUUCUUUCAUCCAUUAUACCUCACCUUGGAGGAGUCCAAGUCCUGUGUGGCAUGUGGCUUACACUCACCUAAUGUGUUAAGCUGUAUCGUUUGUGAUUUCGCUUUGGACAUAAACUGUGCAACUUUACCCGCUAAGGUAAAACACAGGUGUGAUGAUCAUUUUCUGUCUUUAUGUCUUGGUGGCAACAAUGGUACCGGUGAACUGUGGUGUGAUAUAUGCGAGACAAAGACAGAUCCAAAGUUUUGCAAAAGGCAACACCAUGGACUGAGAAGGGAUACUUUCAAGGUGGAGCAAUUCCCAACAGUAGUAUGA